UUAUUUUUGGAGUGAAAUUAUUAAUUUAAAUAAAUAAGUGGUGAUAGUUUAAGUGUAAUUAAGUGUUUAUAGUUAAAAGAAAAGUGUUGCAAGUGUUGAUGUGUUAUAUAAUAUAUUAUCAAUUGAAUUUUCUAAUAAUUUCUGCCACCAUCAUGGUUUGUGCAAAUGCGCAAAAAGCAAGAAUAACAGCCAUGAAACCAAAUGUAGCCGAAAAUAUAAAAAAUGUGCACACCCUAAAUCCGGAUCCAACUUUAGUUCAACAGAAAAAAAUUGAAGCUAAAGCUGAAAAAUUAACAAAUGAUUUAAAAAAAAUAGAACAACAGGAAGUCAAUACUACUAGAUCAAAAGAUGUGGAUGAUAAAGAGAAAUUUAAAUAUUCUUUAUUACCUGAUCAAAGUGCGUCAAAUGGUAGUGUUCUGUAUUUUGGACCUGAAGAUGGUCGAGAUGCUAACGAAACAUUAAAUACCAAAAACAACCCGGAACCUGAUACUUUACCAUUGUUGGAUUCUGAAGAUAUAACUGGUUCUAAUAAAACAACUUCAAAACGACAAGCCGAGCCGAAUAUGGAGCGUAGAAUCGAUCAGGUUCCAAGGAUGUACAAAACAGCUCCUACUAAAUCCUAUACAGUUCUAGACAAACGUGGAAACAUGCACACACAUACCUUUAGCGAAGAACAUAUUCACAUAAACGAUCCUGUGACAUCCUCGAGGCCUAAGACAAGUUCCAAUAAAAAAUCUAGACGUCCCAGGGUACAAAAGCGUACCAAAAGUAGACCCAGGAAGUCUUCAAAUUAUCCUAGAGAUUUUAUAGUGCCACCAGUGCCCAAGAAUUUGAGAAAGACACCGCCAAGAUUUGAGGACUUGAAUCAAAACUUUGAUGUCAAGGAGAAAUUGGCACCAAAGCGGCCACGGAAAGUUAAAAAACAAAAAAUCAAAAGCAAAAGCGCGAUACCAAGUCCAAAACCACCUCAGAAUAAAACUCUGCAAGACUACUUGGUUAAACCAGAAGAUAUUAUUUUGACAACAGAACAUACUUAUGAUAUCACCGAAGAACCAAUUUAUGACGAAGACGAUUCUUAUCCCUUUCCACUAGAUGGACCAAUAGUUCUACCUCAAGAUUUUCAUUUAGAUCCUCCAAUUCAAGUUGGCGGCGACGUUGCUACACCUGUUCAUGAUGGAUUACAUCACAGGCACAAAAAUAAUCAUCACCACGGUUUAAACUCCAACAUCAACCAUCACGGAUCCAACAAUAAUCAACACAACGUUGGCAGCAACUAUCAGAGCCAGAAGUUCGACAGCACUGCACCUGGUGACUACAAAGGUUCACCUAGUAAUGUACAAAAUCGUGUCAAUAAAAACAACCAGAAUGUAAACAAUCACAAUCCGAUUCAACCGAAUGUUGGAAACAAUAGUUAUAAAAAUAAACCUAGUUCUAAUGAUAAUAAUGGUUAUAAAAAUCAACAAAAUUAUAAUAAUCAUAACAUCGGCAAUCAUGAUUACAGAAAUUCUGGUAACGUUGGUUACAAAAAACAGCAUAAUAAUAAUCAUCAUGCUAACGUUGGUAAUAAUGGUUAUAAGAACCAUCACAAUUACAAUGGUGGCAACAAACAUCAACACAGCACAGACAAUGUUUCUAGUAAUUUAAACAAUCAUAAGCUUGGCAACAACGAUUACAACAAUCACAAGCCUGGCAACAACGAUUACAACAGUCACCAUUCUAGUAAUUUAAACAACCCCAACGUUGGUAACAACAACUACAACAACCACCAUUCUAGUAAUGUUGGCAACAACAACUACAACAACCAUCAUUCUAGUAACAACGAUUUUAACAACCAUCACCCUGGCAACUUACAGACGGUUAACGUGGGCAAUCCUGUAAAUUCCAUCGACAACAAUAAUUACUACAACAACUUACUCAGCGACAACCGUCCUAGUGUACAGGCUCAAACAUUUCCAGACGUAAACAACUUCCAGGACGUCCAGGCUGAUGAAUCACGUGACACGAAAAAAGUGGUGCGAAUCCGAACCAAGCGACCAACGGAAGCACAGACACAAACCAAUACAAAAAUUUAUCACAACAUUACGCAGAACAUCAAAUUUAAUCAAGAAACCAAAACUUAUAAUGAAAAUAUUAAAAAUACUAAUAAUACUGAAACUAGUUCAGGAAGUGGUCGACAGGCGGCGGAUGGCGCUAAGAGUAAAGUUCAAGGGAAUGGUAAUAGUAGUCCAAAUAGACAUGUAAAUAGAAAUAGUAAUGUUAAAUUGGUGAGUCAGAAUUCAAAUUCGCAAAAUGGAACGAGGGGGGAUGCUAAUCCGAGACAGAGGGGCAGUGUUAAAUUUGGAGGUUAGGAAGAUUGAAAUUGGAAUGGUUGAAAUAAUGCCAAAUUAAGAAUAAUUAUGUACACUAGUAGGCCUAUUCUCGGAUAAGUUUGUUUUGGUAUUUUAUAGUAAAAUAAGAGAGAAUGAAAGUAGUUGCAUAUAAGGUAGAUUGAGGUCAUGCCGUCUACUUGAUUUAUCUUGCUUCAAUAUUAUUCAUAUAUUCUUUACAGUAAAUUGAUUUGAGGUUAAGUCGUCUACUUAAUUUGCUCUUGGGCUUUUUGAUUAAGCUUGCUUCAUGAUAUUACAACUUAAUAAUACACUUUGAUGAUGCAAAAAUAAGAAACCCAAUAUGGUCGUUGAAGCUUCUAAUCAUUUUUGUUCACAAGAUUUUUUAUUUAGCACGUAAAGCAAUUUCCUUGUCUUACCUCAAGCGAGAGCAAACAUACCCCAAAAUGUGAAUUUUGUUAAAAUAAACUUAUUUUGUGGUUUAAUCUUGGAUAAAAGAAGUCAAAUGGAUAUAUUAAGGUCUUAUGUCACAUACUCGACUGUUUUAAAACAAAUUAUCUCAUCUUACAAUAAACAAGCAGUACGAUAAAAGAAAAAGCUUGUUUCAAAGCAUUUCAAAGACCACGUCUCUCGAUCCAUACUGCGCCCUACCACAAAUGUAGUACUUCAUCUUCUACUUUUCCAAAUAGAUAUUCAAGGGGCAAUUCACCAAUAAAAUAUAAAUGGUUUGGCAACGCAUUGUUACAGUCUUCUCUUCGUAGGAAUUGGUAGCAAAAACUGUCAAAAAGCUAUGGAUUUUCUGUGCGAUUAGGCGUUUUACAUAUAAAACCUAACUUCACGUAUAUGUUAUUAAGGGUGCCUUAGAAAGAUGCACCAUGAUUAGAUAUUACAUAAGAUUAUUUAUUGAUUUAUUAAGAUAUAAAAGAAUUAUUUGUGAGCCUCGUUUAUGAAAGUACAAUAA